UUCCCAAAGCGCAGCAAUGGCAACAUCUACAUGUAGGAUAAAUAAAACUCUUGUUCAAACUGAUUGAGUCAUGUCCGUUCAUAUGAUGUGAAAUAGAAUUCAUCUAAAAACCCCAAAUUCAUCGAAACUCUUGUUCCGUCUGCCCUCUGGCCUCCUUGCUUCAAUCAAAGAUUUCAUUUCUCAAGAGAUGGAAUUAAAGUUUGGAAUUGAGACUUGAUUCGAGAUCAAACCGAAACCGUGGUUUCUUUUAUGACUGAUGUUCUCAGAAUCCCGAUCUAUGAGUAAAGUCACUUUGCUCAUUGUGAGACCCAUCCACACCAGCCCAAGUUUUUCUUCUGGACAGUAAUAACUACAGAAAUGGAGAUACAUACAUGUAUGUGAUAGCAGACUGAUCAAUGUGUGCAUGAUCUCGGCGAGAUUUCAAUGAGCAUUCCAUCAUCUGAGGUUUUAGAGUGUAUAUAUAUUGACCAUAGAAACUGUGAACUCAGCCAAUCAAAAUCAAGGAAAGUUUUCAAAUCUUGGGAGACAAAAACUGUUAUUCAAUUUCUGAACCAACUUGGAAUUCUUUUUGUGCAAACAAUGCAUUAUUUGUAUGAAGCAGUCAAACACAGACCAACCUGAUCUGUAGGUGCGACCCUACCAAGGCAUCACCUGCCCCCCCCCCUUGUCUUGGUCACGCCCUUUUCUAUCACCCCUCCGAAGAUCCCUAUCCACCACGAUGGAUCCUAUGGUUACCCAGUCCUCUUCCUCGGCAUUCUGGGAGGAUUAUUACGACCGUUCGGAUAUCCAGACGCCAGUCGACCUCGUGAACAACUCGGAUGGACCCCUCAUCCCCUCCUCGUUCUACCCCACCGUUCCCACGCCGGAGUGCGGGGUAAUGAACUACCGGUAUAACAUCCCAACAGCAGUGGUGUGCGGGAUCAGUUUUAUUUUUGGAAUCAUCUUUAACUUCUUUGGUUACCGAUGUUUCAAGGCAGUCAUGUUCCUUGUAGGUUUCAUCCUCGCCUCCGUCGUCUCAUUCCUCAUCUGUCAGGAGCAGAGUUCUCUAGCGACAGGGGCCAACGCAGGCAUUGCCCUGGCCAUCGGCCUCCUCUGCGGCCUCAUCACGAUGCUCAUCCAGAUCGUCGGCCUCUUCAUGACGGGCGUCCACAUGGGUCUCUUCUCCGCCAUCAUCGUCCUCAUCAUCGUCGAGCAGUUUGUCCACAUGGAUGUGCUUCUAGUCCCGAUCGGGAUCACCUUCGGUCUCGGUAUCAUCUUCGGGCUCAUCACCCUCAAAUUCCAGAGAACUUUUGUGAUCCUCGCCACCUCGCUCAUCGGUGGCGCGAUCGUCGCCACGUGCACAGACUAUUACCUUGAACUGUUCCGUAUGGUGAACUAUGUCUAUGACCGGUUUAGAUUGCAGGUCUCACUGGAGCCAUGUUGGUAUAGCUGGCUUAUACUGGCAUUGUGGCCGUUUGUUUCGCUAGUUGGCAUAAUCAUCCAAUUUAAAGUCACCGCCAAAGGAUUUAACCAUAAACAAGUAAGCGGUCACACGAAGACAAGAAGAGUGGAGCUUCAGAAGCUUAGACAACGGGAAGCAAGGGAAGAGGUCCGGGCGCAAAAAUACUGCGACCUUUACAGGGCGAGGAGCAGAAACGCUGAUAUAGUCACUCAGAGUUAUCUCCAGAGCAUCCAUGAUCACCUCUCCCCCGAGAUGCAGCGAAUCGCUUCCAUCCAGCACAUCCCGUCAGAGCCUGCCAUUCCCUUCACCGACUCCUCCAACACCAACACGGACACCAUGACGACCCUGCAAACAACCAUGGACGAAAUCCCUUCAAAGACCAUAGACUCCAUCGAAGGCAUGACAAAGGUCGAGGAGGGCGAGAUCGUGGAGGUAUAACGAGAAAUGUGUUUCCAUCCCAUUAGCUCGUUUUUUAGGCCGUCUCUCAUCCCUAUUAUCACUAUCCAUCAGCACCGUUGCCAUGGCGGCACUUGAAACCCCCGCAAGGAGGAAAUUCCUUCCAAGACAAUGAGAGUCCGUCGAGAGGAUGACUAAGAAGGCAGCCAAAUCAUGAUUGAGGGGUUAUAUGUAUAUCAAGGAAUUCCGAUUAGGGGUAUGGACUUUAGCCUUGAUGAUGAAAUUUUUGCCCCCUUCUUGCAAUCCAUCUUCGGCAUCGUUGCCAGGGCAACCCAUCCAAUCAGCCGAUGAUGAAUGAUGUCCCCUCUUGACCCCUUCCCCGGGAUCUGACUCAGGUGCAGGGAGGGGAGACCAUUGAGAAGCUACUAGCGAUGUUAAGUGAUCCGGCGACGAGUGACAUUAUCAUUUUGACGCUUUAUCCAAGGAAAUGGCAUCUAGUGAGGUCCGCGUUAGUUUAUCAGUCAGUUUCAAAUGUUAGAAAAAAUACAACGUCAAUGGAUCACUUAAGACAACUCCUUCCGGUGAUGUGUUUAAUACUCAUGGAGGUGACUGUGCUGGACAUCCAACUUAAAUAUUUACUUAUCAGAGAUGUGAUCUGAAGAACAUUAAUUCAAAAGAAAAAAUAUAUAAUGAUUGAGUUGAAAUUAGGGGUUGGUGAAUAGAGGUCAAGUUAUACUAAUCCAUAGUUUGUCACAAAAAAUGUCAAAUAAUCAAAAUUAAUGAAAUAGGGUCCAGAUAAGGAACUGCAAAUUCUUCAUGCAAAAGGAGAAAUCAUACAGCAAUUCUUGUUUAGAUUUCCAAUACUUCUAAAUUUUACAUCAAAUGUACCUUCAGAAAAUUGCAAACUUCUUGUACAAAUACGUUAACAUACAUGUAUGUUAACAUAUAUUAAAGGAAAAGGAAGACUUUAAUCAUAAUAAAAAAGCAAAAACUUGUAGGGUGAAACUUCCCAAAAUCUACAACACCAAGAUCAUGCUUGUUUUCUUAUAAAGCCCUAGUGUUUUCAGAAACUUUGUUAAAAGGGUAAUUACAUUGUCCCCUUUCAAACUGAACGCUAGUAAAGUGACUAUGCAUUUAUAUCCAAACACACAAUACAUGUUGCAUCUGUCAUAAGGUGAGGCUGGCAUCCCAUGUAAGAAUAACAACUGUAUAUAUACUUUUCAACUUUAUUCAACAUGGGAGUGCUAUACAAGACAAAAGUACUUUCAAAUACGAGGUGCAAACAUUUUAAUAAAAAAGAAAAUUCAACAAGGUCCACUUUUGUUUUACUCAAGUGAAUAGCGCACAGAGGUGUAAAUAUUUU